ACAUUAUCUUACAUAUCACGAUUCACUAACGCACUAUGUGGACCCUAUCUUGACAGUUCACGCUUGAGGGUAAGGUAGUAAAUUUCUCGUCAUCCCUACAUAGGAACAUACUCAUGUCAUUUCAUAUAUCAAUCACUAAAAUUUUAAGUGGGCCUUGUCUUGAUGGUCCACAGUUCAGAAUAAGCUAACAAGUCCUUAACUAUGCCGACCUAGGCACAUAAUCAUAUCAAAAAUUGUAAAUCAUGGAUAAUAAGGGUAUAGUAAAUUGUAUAACUGCAUCACCUAGCAUGCUUAUAACUUGCCUAAUUUUACCUGAUAUUUCAUUAAUCAUCAUAAUUAGGCAUACAUGCAUACUCCAAUCAUGUAUCGUACUUUCGACAAUUAAUUUCAAUCAGUUCAAUUCUAAUUCAUCCUUACAAUCCAAUACUAACUCAUAUCUAACCUACCAAUCACUUAAUGCGUUUCAAUGCAUCUCAUUCUACCAAAACAAUCAAUUACCUGUAACAAUUCAAAUUCACCGCUAAUAUUAUUCUCUUUGACCUUAAAGGAAGGUGGAGGGUGAGUUCUCACAUUAGUUGGAGAGGACAACGGAGCAAUUCCUUGCAACACCUUAACCAAUCCACUGAUUCCCCCAACCCUCCAUGGCCGGCACCUGUUUUAGCUGACAGCAUAUAUGCUCUGCUCUUCUCUGCCCUGCUUGCAGCUGCCUUCCUUCCUUCCUUCCUUCCUUUUACUUCUUUUUAACCUCUCCUCCCUUCCUCUCUGUAAAAGAAAACUGAAGAAAAAAGCAUGGAGUGGAAUAAUGGCAGUCUCACUCCUAAGCUUCUUUCUCCACCACUACUACACCAUCAAUCUUCAUACACUCCAUGCUACAACUACAACUACACCUACAAUUUGGAUCAUUUUCCUGUGCUAGAGACAAAGAAACCGGCGGAGGAAAGUGUGGUUGGAGGAGUGGAUCAGAAGAACAAGAACAAGACCAAGUUGAGUCCGGAUCAGUUGGAGUCAUUAGAGAGAAGGUUUCAAGAGGAAGUGAAGCUUGAUCCUGACAGGAAAAUGAAGCUAUCAAAGGAGCUUGGGCUCCAACCAAGGCAAAUUGCAAUUUGGUUUCAAAAUAGAAGAGCUCGCUGGAAGACUAAGCAGCUUCAGCAUCUCUAUGACACCCUCAAGCAAGAAUUUGACACCAUCUCCAACCAAAAACACACUCUUCAACAAGAGGUAAUGAAGCUAAGGACCAUGCUGCUGCUAAGAGAAGAAGCCACCAGGAAUCAUCAAGGGUCGAUGGCUUACACGGACGAAGAGAUGGCGGAGAGCACGUCGGUCGGGGUUCGGAGCAGUACCAAUAAUUACAUGUACAAUAAUAAGGUGGAAGAUUUGGUUGAAAUAUCAGGUUCAGGUUCAGGUCCUCCUCCUCCAUUCUGGUGGGGUGCUGAGGAGGAUGCUCACCGCCCUUCUUACCCUUAAUUACCUUAAAUUUAUCAGUUUUGGUUUAGCUUUGUUAGUGUUUGAUGACCACCAAACACAUGCUGUUGUCUUGGAACCAAAUCUUUGAAUGGAAUGCUGUUGUCUUGGAACCAAAUCUUUGAAUGGAAUGCCGUUGUCUUGGG